AUGUUAAGAAUGGAUGGAGAGGAAAAUAAGAAGAGCGAUGAUGUGGAUGAGAGUUUACAAACUGAGUUGACAGAAGAAUCCCAGAGAAAUAUAUCAGGAGAAAAUGCUGGAUGUGACUCUUUAUCUCAGCAGAAAACAAGGCUUAUAUCAGAUGAAGUGUUCAAGGACCUUGAAAAGAAAAGAAAUGAGAAUGGCAUAAACGAAAGGGCGCUGUCAGGAUCACCAAACCUGGAUGUUGUUGAAGCAGACAAACCUGAAAAUGUCUCCAGAAAAAGAAAGAGGAGUUCUUCAGAAGAUGUGAAAGAUAGCAAAAGGAAAUUACACAAAGUUGUAGCUGGAGAAGCAGGUAGUAUGGUAGCUGGAGCUGUAAAGAAGGGAAGUGUCACUGUUUGUUCUCCUGAUGACAUGUUUAAUUCAAAUUUACUGUGCCUACACUGUGAUUUCAAAUGUGCUGAUGGUGCCAUACUGAAAAUUCACAAGGAAAAUAAACAUUCACAAGAGAUGCCAGCUGCUGUUCCUGAUAAAUUGUCUUCUUCAGAAGAAAUCGGUGUCGGCUAUACAGCUGGAAACAUAGACAAAGACCAUAAAGGCAAAAUGAGUGAUCAGUGUUUACCUUCCUGCUCUAAUAUGGGAAAACAUAAACAAGAAGGCCCCUCUAAACAAUCCAAAGAGCAGACAUGCCCUCACUGUAGUUGUACAGCUGAAUGUAAUUCAACAUUGCAUACACGUAUUAUGCAAGAUCAUGAGAAAUCCAAAAUAUUUUGCUGUGAUCUUUGUGGUUUUCAGAGUGCUGAGGAAAAUCUCUUGAAUUCUCAUUUUCUUGGCAAGACACACCUUCGACGCCAAAAUCUUGCUGCACGGGGAGGAUUUGUACAGAUAUUGACAAAAAAAUCCUUUAAAAAACAACAAUCUACUGCAACCAAAGCGAGGAAUGUCAAAGCAAAACCUGGGACCAGUAAAUUAAGGGCAAAAACUGCUGCUGCAGAAAAAUUAAGUGCUUGCAGUACAUUGGAAGGCUCAAAAGUAAGCUUGUCUAAACAAAAUGAUAGCACUGAACAUGCUGAAGUGAUAGCAUCUUCAAAUGUUCCCACUGAAAAAAAAGAUACUGUGGCAAAAGAAACUUCAUUUUCUACCAGUGUAGAAAGAAAGUACGAGGUCUGUACUGAAAGACUAGAAAUACCAGGACCCUCAGAAAAUACCUUGCAGAGAACAGAACUCCCUCCAAUUAUCAAGAAGCUAGUUAGCAGUUUAAACACGACACGGAGGUUCAAUAGACUGGAACAUAAAAGAAAUGUCUUGUUAAGGUCUUCAUUUGGACAGAGUAGGUCUUUGAGAUUAAAAAGGCAGGUUAAAAGAAGGUACAAUUUGUUGGGUAGUAGCAAGAGAGGCAGGUCUGAAACUCAGAGAAUAAACAUGAAGUGUGUCUCCAGAACACAACUUAAACCUGAUGAUUCAAGCUCUAUACUACAUACAGAAUUAGAAACAGAUGCUGAAAGUAGUUGUAAUACUACUUCAAAAAUUGAAGAUCUUACUGAAGAUAAGCCAAAUACCCUUUCUUCCAGUACCACAGAAACUAAAGAUUCUGAUGUUCAAGUUAUUGCUAAUCAUGGUGUUCUUCACACGUGCACUGACUGUGGUCAUGUAUUUGAGAACAGAAAAAACUUGGAAAUUCAUGUUGCGAAGCUUCAUACAAAAAGGAUCCAGUUUCAUUGUCAGAUGUGUAGUUAUUCCUCCGGAGUCAGGGAAGACAUGAAGCAACACUGUCAGGACAGUAAACACCAAAUGGGUGAUUGCAGCUUUAACUGUCACCUCUGUUUGUUUACCAGCUUAAACGUGAGCAGCCUUGGAAACCAUAUGAGUGAAGCGCAUAAUAUGUCCUAUAGUUGUCCAACUUGCAUUCUUUUUUUUCAAAUGGAAGAAGAGCUGAUAAAUCAUCAAAAAAAUGAGAAACAUGAUGGUUCCUUAUUUCAGGAAGCUACUUCAUUGAAUAACAGUGAUUGGACCUUGCAAGUGGUAACUCAUGCUGACUCAGUAUCAAACAAUAGCCAAAAUCUUGCAAAGGAAGAGGAAGUAUCAGUGAAAGCAAAGUCUUCAGACUCCUCCUUCAUGAAUCACAGAAAUGAUCUAAAGCAUUCUGUUCUGAAUAAAACCCAAUUUCAAUGUAAAAAGUGUUUUUAUAAGACAAGGUCUUCCACAGUUCUUACAAGGCACAUAAAACUCCGACAUGCACAGGAGUAUCACUUCCUUUGUAAAGCAUGUAAUCUCUACUCACUGAGUAAGGAAGGAAUGGAGAAGCAUAUCAAAAGAAGCAAGCACCUUGAAAAUGCCAGGAAAAACAACAUUGGACUACGUUUUGAAGAAUGUAUUGAAAAGGUUUGUGUUGGUGGUAUUAAAACAGUGGUGGAUCCUUCUGUUUCUGGGAGUGGGAAUGCAGAGUUAGAUAAAGAAAUCAUUCAUGUUUCAUCCUCUUCUGUGGAAAACAUGUCAAGAAAUGAGGAAUUUGUUCCACUUGACCGAAGGAUUGGUGAAACUGAAUUGGCUUUAGCUAAUGCACCCAAAAGAGGGAAAACCAAAGGUACUGUUUCUAGGACAUGUACCCAUUGUGGUCUUUUGGCCUCCAGUGUUACGAAUUUGACUGUUCAUAUCAGACGAAAGCACAGUCAUCAAUACAGCUAUUUGUGUGUGGUUUGCAAUUAUUACACUGUAACCAAAGGGGAUAUGGAACGUCAUUGUGCAACCAAAAAGCACAAAAGUCGUGUUGAAAUAGAAGGACAUGGAAAACAGAACUCAGAUAUCAUCGUUAGCCCUGAAGGAGGUAAUUGUGAACGGAUGAGCAAGAAGGUUAACAGCCCCAUGCCUGCCUUGUAUGAACAUGCUGAGGAUGGUAGCCAGUCAUCAGAUCUGGAAAAUUCUGUCUUAGAGAAUCAGGAAGUUGAGCAAGGAGAGGCUGAGCUAAAAGUUGUAAGUGCCAGCAGGCCGCCAGAUGUGGAGCAUGCUAGCAAUCCAUUAAAUAUAAACCACCGUAUAUUUCUGGAACCAGCAAGGGAUCCUCAAGAUGGUGACGCGUGCUUUCAGAGAAGAGCAGGGGGUGCAAACGACAACAAGUGCGUUCACUGCUGCUUCGUGGCUCAUUCUUCUUCUUCUUUAGAGCUGCACGUGAAGCGAAAACAUACCAAGCAAUUUGAGUACUACUGCAUGGCUUGUGACUACUAUGCUGUUACUCACAGAGAGAUGAUUAGGCAUGCAGCAACAGAGAAACAUAAAAUUAGAAGAGAAUCUCAUGUUCAUUCUUCUGGGGAGGAAGCAAAUGUCACUAAAGAAGGCAGUGCUUUGUCUCCAGAGGAGCAUCAUUACAGUGCAGAAUUGAAAAGUGGUUUAGAUGUAACAACAUGUGCCAAUGAUGCAGCAGAAGCUGAUCAUACGAAUAAAAGCUUAACUGAGUCUGCUGUCUUAGAUGAAAAUGUUUCUCCAGCAAUGCUUAGAGGUAGUGGUUCCCAACACACACCAGAAGCUGAACUUGAAGAAGACUCUAAAAAUGGAGGAGAAAACCUUUGUUGUGAAGGAUUCCAGCAAACUCCUCCGAAAGAUGAAGUUGUUGAAGUUGACAAGGAAAUAUCAGUUCAAGAAACAGGUCCUUGUGAGUUGCAGAAAACUAAGUGUGAUCAGGAGCUGCUCAGCUCGUACGAUGACUGCACUGCAGAAAAUCAAAACAGAUCAAGCAGCACAAACUUGAAUUCAGGAAACAGUGAAGAAAGCUUGGAAGUAAAUAGAGAAAACCCUGAAGCUGGGUGUAUAAAUGAAGAAAUUCCAGAAAAUACAUCACUGGAAAAAAAUAACCCACUUACGCUAACUCUUCCAGAAACAAGUAGUGCAGUAGAGCAAUCAAAUUUUGCUGGAAACAUUGGAGAAACGAUACAAAACAUACAUAGUUUAGAGGGUGACAGAAGUUUCAAAGAGCAUCCUACUGGGGAGGAGGAAGAAGCCCUUAUGGAAGCGCAACGUGAAGCAGAAGUAACUAUAAAUAACAAUGUUUGGGAGGCAGAUGGCUCAACAGCUGAGGGCAUGCAAGAAAGUAGUAAUGAGGCUUUAGGAACAGUUAACAGUGCUGAUGAUAAAGGAAAGGCGACGCAAAAUUUUGGCAAGUUCGAUUCCUCUAUAGUGAGGUUAAAAAGCCAUCAAGACGGGGAAGCCACUGCCCAUUCUGCUGAAGGACAGACGGCAGGUGGAGUGAAAGCUAGCGAGCUCUCGGUGAAAGCAGACCCGUCACCCGGUGGCGGGAAAAAGAGGAAGUCAGAAGGAAUUUCCCUUGGGGAAUCGACGCGCAUUCGCUGCGAUGACUGCGGUUUUCUAGCAGAUGGUUUGAGCGGACUAAAUGUUCACAUAGCCAUGAAACAUCCUUCAAAAGAAAAACAUUUUCAUUGUUUGCUCUGUGGAAAAUCAUUUUACACAGAGAGCAACCUUCACCAGCACUUGGCCAGUGCUGGGCACAUGCGAAACGAGCAGGCAAGCGUGGAGGAGCUGCCCGAAGGAGGUGCUACCUUUAAGUGCGUGAAGUGCACGGAGCCCUUCGAUUCAGAGCAGAGCUUGUUUCUCCACAUCAAAGAGCAACAUGAAGAGCUGUUGCGGGAAGUGAAUAAGUACAUUGUGGAAGACACUGAGCAAAUAAACAGAGAGAGGGAAGAGAACCAAGGCAAUGUCUGCAAGUAUUGCGGGAAGAUGUGUAGAAGUAGCAAUUCUAUGGCCUUCCUAGCUCACAUCCGUACCCAUACAGGAUCAAAGCCAUUCAAGUGCAAGAUAUGCCACUUUGCAACAGCUCAGCUUGGAGAUGCCAGAAACCAUGUCAAGAGGCACCUUGGGAUGAGGGAAUACAAGUGUCAUGUCUGUGG